UGAUGGAUUGUGAUAGUGGCGCCCCCUUCUUGCUCGGACUCGAAGUCGGGCUUGACGUCGGGCGAUAGCGAUUGUGAAUGUAAUUUGCACUUAUCCAUACUUGCUCCGUUUCAACAAAAAAAAGAAUCGGAGUCUAUGACAUAAAGCUCUGACGAGUUGACGACUGUCGAACAGUGUUUUUACGCCUACUGUUUUUUGUAAUUUUUUACGUAUUUUAAAUUAAAUUCUGUAAGGUAAUGAAAUCAUCCCACGAAAGUUAGGUGGUAAAUUGAUGUGAGUUUUUACGCUUUUAACAAGGUACUUGAAAUCGUAUUCCAGAUAAAACACCCUAUCUUAUAAAGUUGAAGGCCUUCGUAGUUCAAACUUUGUCAACAUGAAGAAAAAGGUACUGUUAAUGGGCAAGAGUGGCUCAGGGAAGACAAGUAUGAGGUCCAUAAUUUUCGCCAACUACAUCGCAAGAGACACCAGACGGCUGGGCGCUACAAUCGACGUGGAGCACUCUCACGUGCGCUUCCUGGGCAACCUGGUGCUCAACCUGUGGGACUGUGGCGGCCAAGAAGCUUUCAUGGAAAAUUAUUUUGCUUCUCAAAGAGACAACAUUUUCAGAAAUGUUGAAGUACUUAUAUAUGUGUUUGAUGUGGAGAGUAGAGAAAUGGAAAAGGAUAUGCAUUACUAUCAGUCCUGCUUAGAAGCUAUUCUUCAGAACUCACCCGAGGCUAGGAUAUUCUGUCUGGUGCACAAAAUGGACUUGAUACCAGAAGAAUCGAGGGAGGAAAUAUUUAAGGAAAGAGAAGAGGAUCUGAAGCGACUCUCCAAACCCUUAGAGUGCACUUGUUUUCGGACCAGUAUAUGGGAUGAGACAUUAUAUAAGGCGUGGUCAAGCAUAGUAUAUAAACUUAUACCUAAUGUUAAAGCUUUAGAAUCAUCAUUGAAACAAUUUGCCUCAAUUGUGGAUGCUGAUGAAGUGCUGCUGUUCGAGCGCGCGACGUUUCUGGUGGUGUCGCACUGCCAGCGGCGCGCGCACCGCGACGCGCACCGAUUCGAGAAGGUCUCCAACAUCGUCAAGCAGUUCAAGCUCUCCUGCUCCAAACUCGCCGCGCAGUUCCAGAGCAUGGAGGUCCGCAACAGCGUAUUCGCAGCGUUCAUCGACGGGUUCACGAGCAACACGUACGUGAUGGUGGAGAUGUCGGACCCGCGCAUCCCGUCCGAGGCCACGCUCAUCAACAUCCGCAACGCGCGCAAGCACUUCGAGAAACUGGAGAAGGUGUCGUCCAGCGCGCCCGGACACUACCAGUGAGCCCCGCCCGCCGCACGACACGCUUCGCACGAGGGGAGGGCAGGCAUAGGCCUGUUGUAGGAACAAUAUUGUAUUGUAUUUAAAAUGACAAUUUGAUACUAUAUGGAAUCUUAAUUUUAUGUUUAGCUACAAUAUUUUGCCAAAUUUGUUCAAUGAGGUGUAUUUUAAGUUAAAUCAGAAUCACUAAUACCAGCACAUUAUACAUCAUCAUCAUCAUCAUUUAAGAGCAUGGCUCUUGUCGGUGGAGUUUUCGCGGUCCUCGGCCAACUUCUUUAGGUCCCUGUAAAACACGACAUUUGCUUUUCCUUUUAGCUGCUGCGUGUAACUUGCUCGUGGUUUUCCUCUUCCUCUUCCACCUUGGAUCUUACCAUCCAAAAUAGUUUUAAAGAAAGUGUCGUGUCUUAUCAAGUGACCUAUCAUUUUUUCUCGUCUAUUCUCUAUGGUCCUCAGUAGGUUUCUCUUCUCUCCAACAAUUCGCAGCACUUCCUCGUUCGUUUUUUCUCAGUCCAACUUAUUCUCUCCAUUCUUCUCCACAAUCACAUCUCAAAAGCCUCAAAGCACAUUAUACACGUGUACAUAAAGGUAACUAAACGGCAUACAGUUGUGUGCAAUAUAAUAGCAGUGCAUAAGAAAAUGUAUAUUAAGGGAAAACUAUAACUUUAGAUCAAUAAUAUUGUAUCUUUUUAUAUAAUUAUUCUGCAUUACUUGAUAUUGUUUCAAAAUUAACUGUAACCUUUACUUAAAUGAUAUUGGAAGUAAAAAAAAAAUAUCAUGAAAAUCGGCUGUUUUUAAGAAGUUAAAUUCCUACAAAAUCGUAAAACCCUACGAAAAAAUACAAUUGUGUACUAUAAUUGUAAUUUAGAAUCUUUCCUAUUAUUUCCAAUCAAAGCUUUACCUCUAAACCCAAGUCAUCCAGAAAAAAAUAAACUUUUCUAUAAGACGAUAUUCGUCGCAGAGUGUACUGCUAUUAUAUUGCACACAACUGUAGGUAUUUUUUUUUAUUUUUUUUUUCUUCAUAAUAUGGGCAUUAUAUUUAACUCAACCAAACAAUUGAAAAGUAUGACAUAAUUAGAAUACCGGUGUCUUUGGGAGAUUAAGUUAAGCUCAGGAAUGGACCCCUAAAAUUAUCGGAGUUUAAAAAAACACGGUGUAUACAAUUUACAAGCGUCGAUAAUCGUAGUUAUUGUUCACUUCGUUUUCUAAAAUGGAAAGUGAAAAUCUUCUCUACCUAAUAUCUAAUAGAACGACAGGUGUAGUUGGUGAAAUCCGGCCUAAUUGACCAUUUAAGGCCUGAAUAUAUUAAGAACAGACUAGUGUCUGCUGUGCGCCGUGGGCCGGGUCCGGACGUCCUGGUGCACAACAUGCAGAGCUACAGGCACGCCAGCCGCACCAGGACAAUAGAAUACAAUUAUUGAGAGUAUAGCCCAACACCGGCCACAGGACUUAACUCCUCAGUGUCAAUCCUCAACCACUCAUCUCUGAGUAUCAAUGUAUUGGAGCAAGAUACGAUAUUUUUUUGUCAGUUUUAAAGCAUCUGGUAAUAGUUAUCGCCGACGGAAAUGGUCUGGCAAUGUUGAUUAUCAAUUUUUAACAAUGUUUUCUAAAACAUUCAUAAAAAUCAGCCAUGAGAAUAUUGAGAAAGUUUGUAAUAUUUUUACCAACCUUUAGCACCUUGUACCGGACAAAUGGCCGUCGGGCCAAUAUAGCAAGUAUGCAGACAUUAAAAGUACAUACUAACACUAUAUUAUCCCAUACAUUUUAUUCAUGAGAAAAUAAGUAAGGUCUGGGGGCUCUGGAAUUUUGGACUAUAUGUACGUACUUAUUUACUGUUACCAUUUAAGUACGCUUGUAUUAGGUCUGUUUAAGAUGACGUCAUCAUACACAAAUUCAACACCAGCAUUCGAGGGGUUAAAAGAAAGCGAACGAGCAAAGUCGGGCAAUCAAACCUACCCUACAGAUGCCAUUGCCAAACUUAACUGCGAUGCUCUCUCAAACCGUGUAUACCCAAUAUACCCAUAUAUCCUAAUUAGAUUUACAUUUAUUUGCUCUGUUUACUCAUUAUCAAUAAUUUAUAAAUAUGUUCGUUGAUCUAUGUUAAGUGCCCUUCCGCUCUUUCGUCAGAAAAUUCAGUGUCUAGUUUUUUGUAACUGUAGUGACUAGACAGUACGUAGUCUUGGAAACUCCGCUGUUUACCGAUACUAGGAUGCUUCCUCCACCUCGAGUAUGGUGGUCGCACUGUCUUCGUUUGUCGCAGUAGGUACAUAAGUCUUCGCGCUGACACGUCUAUCUUAACUAAAUGAUAUGUCAGGAUAACAGAUGUUUUAUACAAAGUGGUAAAGCGCAAUUUGGAAUAAAAAUGAAAUAAAAACAUGGACUUGGGCUUGUAUUUAUACUGACAAAAGCACGUAGGACUGAGUUUCUGCCAUAAAACGACCAUGUCUAUCAUGUAGCUAUUUUGCCUUCAGCACGUUGGAAAAAGAUAUCCAACUCGAUUCCUUAAUGGUCUUCGCAAGCAAAUAUUUUUUUAUCGAUUCUUUCCUUAUAAUUAUAUCUAUAAUGAUCAUCCACAUAUAUGAAGUUUAGUGAAACUUGUAGACAUAAUCACAAGUCACAACUGGGAACUGUGAUUUUAUUUAUACAUGUUAUACAGCGAAAUAGGGUUUGCAUUCAUAAGAUCCAGCAUUUUUUAUCUCAAGUAAAAAGUAGUAUAAAACAUUGCUUAAUUUCUGUUCUUCUAAAGAGUGAGCAAUUGGGUCAGCCAUUAAUUACAUCACACAAAAAAAAUCCAUUUUCAGACCUUGUCCUACCUUGUGGAUUUGAUUUUGUCAAUUGAACUAAUGUGUUUUUACCAUAUUUCUAUUACUUCACCCUUAAGUCUGUAGCGGCGACAUACUUGCCAUCAUACUUAAAUGUUACAUUUCUAAAUAAAUAUUACGUGACAGCUGCUCCAUAUACAAAUGACCUACCACGGGGAUCAUCAUUCCAGAUGUAGGUUAUUGCACCAUUGUAAUUGUAUAAACAAGACAAGCUUGAAUGUAAGGCCAAGCGCCAUAGAUAUCAUAGAUACUUAAUGCAACGGGGCCAUUUUAUUCAAAAAUACACUUUUUCAGAUUUGGUAAUUAUGUUAUAUUUCUGCUUCGCUGCUCAGAAUCACGAGCUGUUUCGAUCCUAACAGGUGAAAAAAUGUGUCUCAAAAUGUUUAUUUCCAUUUAGUUGCUAUUUUUAUAGACUUUGUAUGACGGUAACCAUGAAUGGAAUUCAAAAUAAAAUGGCUCCGACGAGCCAGGUACAGUCCAUCAUUAUCCGUACAACCGCCGUCGUAACCGGCAGCCGGGCCGGCGGCCGGGUGAUUCUCAGAGGUACCUAAACCUUGUCGUUACAACUAAAUUUCAUUUAUGAUUGUUCCCUUAUAGAAUCGUACCGCUCCCGGCCAUUGUUGGAGCGACCAAUUCCGUACACGGCGGGAAGAAGUCAAAAAUUGUAGAAAAGUAUUGAAGUAAUUGAAGAAAUUUGAACCUUAAGUAAUUCCAUUUUAAGUUCAUAUUUGUUCAAUUUUUUAUCUCGAGUUAUCAACUUCUUCCCGCCGUGUACUGAAUUGUACUUCUCGUGUAAGUUAUUAUUUUAUUACUGAAAUAAUAUAUGAAAUGUUUAAUAA